UGAGAAUAUCGUAUGUACUGUAGAAUUGAUACCUGAUCGACGGGAUGUCUCCACCAGAUAUUUAAAACAGCAUGCUGUGGUCAUAGUGGGCACAUUUGUAGGCCUCACCAUUCAAAGACUAUUUGUAAUAGACAUAUGCAAAAAUGUUGAACACACUCUGUGUCAUUGCCCUAGCACUGGUCGCCAUGCCUAUGGCCGAAGCCAAGAAAGACAUCAAUAGUCGAAAGUGGAAAAAUCGGUUGUUGGUCGCCUCUGUCAGUGACACAGAGAGCGAUCUAUACGAAACUACAAAAUCAUUCGUAGAAGAUAAUGAAUGCGAUAUGGCCGAUAGAAGUAUGAAGACCAUCUACUUUGUGGACGGCCAGAACAAUCUGUAUGAUACACCCGGCUUUGUGAACGGCGAGGGCUUGUGGCUGGUGGGGUUCGAUGGGGGAAAGAAGAAGUCAUCCGAUGAUGCUGAGUUGUUAGACGAAUUGUUUGAUCUUAUUGAUGCGAUGCCCAUGCGCAAAGAUCAAUUGAGAGCCCGUGACAACAAGGCAGUCUGCUAAACUUUUGAUGAUAUGCUCCGGUCUACCUUCGUUUUAAAAUGAAAUCAUCGGUGAUAUUUUCGAUAAGUUGGGGUCAGCAUCAAAAAUCAGUUGAACAAGUUAAUAAUAUUCUUUAACAUCAACCCGAACGCAUAUUUAGUUCAAAUGUAUCGAGUACAUGAUGGGCCGGUGCGCGAACUACGUUUCGGAUGUUUAAACACGAGGAGAAGUUUAGAACCGAGUGGGUGAAUGUGCUCUAGAUGAUCUUGUCUUUUACUUCGGCAUCGAAUGAUCCUCAGAAUACGCACCACGGGUUGCAGAGUUUAACCUAUAUUUAGGUUGUAGUUUAAUAUAUGUAUAUAAUUCCGGGUGUUCGUGCCCUUACCACAGUAAAAAAACCCGCUGUGAAAUAUAUAUUGUAUGUUAUAUAACUACUUUGUGACAUUUCUUCGGGAUCACUAUUGUCGUCGCAUGAACAGCUUAUAGUGGGCAACAGUAGUGCCAUGAGUUCUCCUUUUUGGUCCACGCGACUAUUCUGGAACAUAUGUGGGACUGCGAGGUUGGUAAUAGGGCACCUGAUUGCUCGUGUAAGAAUGGGAUUCUCAGUCAGAAAUGCGAGGUUCAGGUCGCCGUAGGCUUGAUUGAAUAACUCCGAAUGUAUGCGGUAGUGUGGAUCUGUAGACAACAUAUUAGUUCGACCAAAGCUGAUUUGUAACUAAAAGAUUACAGAACAUUGCACAGUUCAUAUGUAUUUCAAUAGUCCUUUAUUUCGCGUUCCAUCUCUCCAUCUGGCGUAUACUUUUCUUCUUCUACAAUAUGCCUUGAUUCACUUGGUGAGAUGUGCACCCCACCACAUGUGUGAGUCACACGGUCAGCUCGUUGUGGUGAGAACGGCGCACCGUGCCAUCCUACUAUCCCGUCUCUUAGGGCUUUGCAGUCGUAACUCAUUCAAUAAACAUGCUGCACCAGUAAGGCGCCACCACCGUUCGUCAUUUCAUUUCAAGACACAUAAGAUUAAGUCCCUCCCUUCUGGUAGGAGAUUUUCUCAACUUGAUCGCAUCGGCAGAAGUCCAUAAGUCACAGUUGCUUUUCAUAGUGCGCAAUCCAUCGUGCUGUUCCGUCGCACCGGCACACACAUCCGAUGCCGUAUGCUGAUGGUGUGCCGAAUCUGUGUUGCUGUGGUUCUCUGAUCGCCCGUUGUCGCUUGUAGGUCGUUGUAGGAAGAUGUUUGGGACCCCCCGGGCUGUAAUGUUGUUGUCGGAGUUGCAACGGUGUACGCAUG